CUCUGAACUUCAGACGAACGAACGUGCGAGUGUAGCGAGGUCGCCGUCAAAAUAGCCGGCAGCUCCUCCUCCGCCGCCGCCCACUCCCCCUUUGACCAACGUGACCAAGUACUAUGGGCUUAAGACGUUUAUUGAAAUCUCUGAUUAUUGUCAACAAGGACGUUUCCCAAACAACGCGAGGCAUGUUAUAUCCACGUGAAUCCGAGACCCGGGAGGUACGCAGUCUAGAUGGCAUAUGGAAUUUUGUGCGUUCGGAUCAAAAAAAUCCCACGCAGGGUAUUAGGGAUCAAUGGUAUGCGGAAGAUUUAAGCAAGAAUCAACCCAUUAUUCCCAUGCCAGUGCCAGCCUCUUAUAAUGAUAUCACCACAGAUGAUUUACGUGAUCAUGUGGGAACAGUGUGGUAUGAUAGGAAAUUCUUUGUGCCACGUUCCUGGGCCAAGGAACAGCAGAGAGUCUGGUUACGUUUCGGCAGCGUUCACUAUGAGGCAUAUGUGUGGGUCAAUGGGCAGCAGGCUAUGAAACAUGAAAUGGGUCAUCUGCCCUUCGAGGCAGAGGUUACCCAUCUAUUAAAGUAUGGUGAAGAGAAUCGUAUAACGGUCAUGUGUGAUAAUGCUUUAAUACAGACAACAGUGCCGCAGGGCAAAAUCACAGAAGUGCCCAACGAUGAUGGAGUGACAAUUGUCCAGAGUUAUACAUUUGAUUUCUUCAACUAUGCGGGAAUACAUCGUUCGGUUCAUUUGUAUACGACACCCAAAACGUUUAUUGAAGAAGUGGAGAUUCAAACAAAAUUGAAUGAUGAUAAUAGCGUGGGAUAUGUCACCUACAGCAUCAAUGUGAAUGGCAGUGCAGCCAAUGAGGCCGAUAAUAAUCUUUAUGCUCGCAUCCAGUUAUAUAAUAAGCAAGGUGUAAUGGUGGCAAAUGCCACCUCUGAUUCCCAGUUGGGUGGCACUUUAAAGGUGGAUAAGGUGAAACCUUGGUGGCCCUAUCUAAUGGAUCCAGAACCAGGUUAUCUAUACGAAAUGGAAAUUAAAUUGCAUGCAGCAAACGAAGAGUUACUCGAUGUGUAUCGUCUUCAAGUGGGCAUACGUCAGUUGAGUUGGAAUAAUGCUCAAUUUCUUAUCAAUGGCAAACAAGUGUACUUCCGUGGCUUUGGUAGACAUGAAGAUUCUGACAUACGUGGCAAAGGUCUGGACAAUGCUUUAAUGACACGUGACUUUAAUUUGCUGAAAUGGAUUGGUGCCAAUGCCUAUCGCACUUCCCAUUAUCCCUACUCGGAGGAGUCUAUGCAAUUUGCAGAUCGCCAUGGCAUCAUGAUCAUUGAUGAAUGUCCCAGUGUGGAUACCGAAAAUUUCAGUCAGGAACUGCUGGAUAAGCACAAGUCCUCGCUGGAGCAGCUUGUACAUCGUGAUCGUAAUCAUGCCAGUGUUGUCAUGUGGUCCAUUGCCAAUGAACCCAGGACACGUGAAACCAAUGCAGGAACCUAUUUCCAAUUUGUGGCCAAUUAUACACGUUCAUUGGAUAAAACCAGACCUAUUACAGCUGCCAUAGCUCAACCCCAUACAGAAGACAAGGCGGGCAACUCAUUGGAUAUCAUUAGCUUUAAUCGCUAUAAUGCUUGGUACUCCAAUCCAGGACGUCUUGAUAUGGUGACCCAGCGGGUUAUUGAUGAAGCCAGUGGCUGGUAUAAGAAGUAUAAUAAGCCUGUGAUUAUGGCUGAAUAUGGAGCCGAUACCAUGGAUGGUCUGCAUAUGCAACCUGCGUAUGUAUGGUCCGAGGAAUUUCAAUCCGAAGUAUUUUCACGUCACUUUAGGGCAUUUGAUGUCCUAAGACGUAAAGGUUGGUUCAUUGGUGAAUUUGUAUGGAAUUUUGCCGACUUUAAGACGGCUCAAUCCUACACACGCGUUGGUGGCAAUAAGAAAGGAGUUUUUACCCGCGCCCGUCAACCCAAAGCGGCAGCCCAUCUACUUAGAAAGCGUUACUUUGCCCUUGGCAGGGAAUUGGAGGAUUGCAGCUUCCCAGAGGAUUUAUUCACCUAUAUUGCCGAAGUCGGUGAUAGUGGCAAACGUGAUGCUAGCGAUUUGUAGAUGAUCAUCACUUAAAAAAAAAAACAAAAGACACAACUGAGUACAAUAUUGAAGUAUUUGAUACCUGUACAUAUGUAUGGUAAUGUUAAAUUUUAUUGUUUAAUUCUGUAUUUUUUUUUGUUCCGUGAGGAGGAGAGAGAAAAAGGAGAGCAGGGUUUUCCAUUAAUCCGAUUUGGCCGCCAAAAACCACUGCCAGACCAAAACGGAUGCAUUUCCAUUAAAAAAUAAAAACCCACUUAAAAAAUACUCCCACCAUAAUUGCCUUGUACAAUCUUAAGCAUAAUUUAAGACAAUUGUAUUUUUAUAAAUUCCCCAAAAUAAUAAUAUUUUACUAAAAAGA